UUGCUCAAACCAGGAUGUAAUUCUGAACAAGCGAGCUGCGUGGAACAGAAGGCAGAUCACCAGCCACAGUACGCGAGGGACGGCAGAGGCCGCUGUCCAAAAGCUUGAAUUCCUGGGUAGUGCGUCGGCCAGACUGCUGUCUGCGUAUGUGCGAUCGCGUCUUCACGGCCGAUUGACUAAACUGAUCGUUCUCUUUCCUGCUCUCUAGCGAUGUCGUCCAACUUGGGAUCCAUACCGGACAGCACGUUCCCAGCGUGGUCGCAGUCCGUGUCGGAAUGUCUCGACAAGUUCCAGGUGGAUCCCGUCAACGGCCUGGACCCGCAGGACGUGGCGUGGCGGCGCAGCCGGUUCGGGUUCAACGAGCUGGAGAAGGAGCCGGGGACGCCGUUCUGGAAGCUGGUGCUCGAUCAGUUCGACGACACGCUCGUCAAAAUCCUCCUCGCCGCUGCUGCCGUGUCGUUCGUCCUCGCUUACGUGGACGAGCAGGAGGAUGGCGGCAUCACGGCGUACGUGGAGCCGCUGGUCAUUCUGCUCAUCCUCAUUCUCAACGCCUGCGUGGGCGUGUGGCAGGAGAGCAACGCAGAGCACGCUCUAGAGGCGCUUAAAGACAUGCAGUCCGAGACGGCCAAGGUGGUGCGGGCGGGGCAGCACAUAGACGACCUGCCGGCGCGGGAGCUGGUGCCGGGCGACAUAGUGGAGCUGCGCGUGGGGGACAAGGUGCCCGCCGACAUGCGCGUUAUAAGGCUCCUCACUUCCACGCUGAGAGUGGAGCAGGCGUCGCUGACAGGGGAGAGCAUGGCCGUGCAGAAGUCCGCGCAUGAGGUUCAGCAGCAGGACUGCGAGCUGCAGUCCAAGGAGAGCAUGGUGUUCGCUGGCACCACAGUGGUCAACGGCUCCAGCCACAACCUGGUGAUAGCCACGGGCAUGAGCACGGAGAUAGGCAAGAUCCAGCAGCAGAUCGCAGCAGCGGCAGCUGAGGAGGACGACACCCCCCUCAAGAAGAAGCUCGACGAGUUUGGGGAGCGCCUCACCACAGUCAUCGGGGUCAUCUGCCUGCUCGUCUGGCUCAUCAACUACAAGUUCUUUCUCUCCUGGAAGCCGGAUCCGGACGCGUGGUGGACCGGAGGGCUGAGAUUCACCUUCUCGUUCCAGAAGUGCACCUACUAUUUUAAGAUCGCUGUGGCGCUGGCGGUAGCCGCGAUUCCCGAGGGUUUACCUGCAGUGAUCACCACGUGUCUGGCGCUGGGCACGAGGAAGAUGGCGCAGAAGAAUGCGAUUGUGAGGAAGCUGCCGUCCGUGGAGACGCUUGGGUGCACCACUGUUAUCUGCUCCGAUAAGACAGGCACUCUUACCACCAACCAGAUGGCUGUAUCCGCCCUGGUCCUCCCCGGCACCCUCCCCUCCACGUUCCUCUCCUUCUCAGUGGACGGCACCUCCUACAACCCGGCGGACGGGGAGAUCCUUAACUGGGGGCGGUCGGUCACCUUCCCCAACACGCACUCGCUCACCCUGGCAGCUGUGCUGUGCAACGACGCGUCCAUAUCGUUCAAGGGUGGGGUGUAUAGAGCCUCGGGGCUGCCGACAGAAGCGGCGCUGAGAGUGCUGGUGGAGAAGAUCGGCGUGCCGGAUGACACGGCGCAGCUGGGGAUCCGGAAUAAGAGGAAGGGGGCGCCCGCUGCCCACUUGCAAGACGCGAACGAGUGGUGGGGCAAGCAGUGGGAGCGGAAGGCGGUGCUGGAGUUUGACCGCAGCCGCAAGUCCAUGAGUGUCAUUGUGCAGAGUGGCCUCGGCAAGACACGCCUGCUGGUCAAGGGCGCAGUAGAGUCAGUUUUGGAGCGCUGCACGUCCAUCCAGCUGGCAGACGGCUCCAUUGUCCCGCUCACCUCGGAGGGCCGCCGAGCCACAGAGGCCGUGCUGACGGGCAUGGCGUCCAAGGCGCUGAGGUGCCUGGCGUUCGCGUUCAAGGAGGGGGCGGCGCUGGGCGCGCUGCAGGGGUACAGCGGGGAGCAGCACGUGGAGCACAAGAUGCUGCUGGAUCCAGGGAACUACGAGAAGAUUGAACAGGGGCUGGUCUUUUGCGGGAUGGUUGGACUGCGGGACCCCCCUCGGGAGGAGGUGCCAGCAGCAGUGGAGGAUUGCCGGGCGGCAGGCAUUAAGGUGAUGGUGAUAACGGGCGACAACAAGAACACUGCUGAGGCUAUCUGCCGUGAGAUCGGCGUGCUGAGCCCCUCGGACGAUCUCAGCCGUUGCAGCUUCACUGGCAAGGACUUCAUGGACCUGCCGGUUGCUGCCAGGAUGGAGAUUCUCAAGGCGCCAGGGGGCAAAGUGUUCUCACGUGCGGAGCCACGGCACAAGCAGGAGAUAGUGCGGAUGCUGAAGGAGCAGGGGGAGGUGGUGGCGAUGACGGGGGAUGGAGUCAACGACGCACCUGCUCUCAAGCUGGCUGAUAUUGGCAUUGCCAUGGGCAUUGCCGGCACGGAGGUGGCCAAGGAGGCGUCAGACAUGGUGCUGGCGGACGACAACUUCAGCACAAUCGUCGCCGCCGUGGCGGAGGGGCGAUCCAUCUACAACAACAUGAAGGCGUUCAUCCGGUACAUGAUAUCGAGCAACAUGGGCGAGGUGGCGUCCAUCUUCCUCACAGCGGCCCUGGGGCUACCAGAGAACCUUAUCCCCGUGCAGCUGCUGUGGGUCAACCUCGUCACGGACGGCCCGCCCGCAACGGCGCUGGGCUUCAACCCCCCGGAUGAGAACGUGAUGCGCAGACAGCCCCGGCGCAGCGACGACGCCCUGGUCACUGCCUGGGUGCUGCUGCGCUAUGUGAUCAUAGGCAUGUACGUGGGCAUAGCGACAGUCGGAGUCUUCGCCAUCUGGUACACGCACUCCUCCUUCCUCGGCAUCGACCUCUCGCACGACGGCCACACGCUCGUCUCGCUGCACCAGCUGCGCCACUGGGACCAGUGCCGCUCCUGGGAUGACUUCUCCGCUGCACCCUUCACCGCAGGAGCGCAGACAUUCUCUUUUAAUCACGACCCAUGUGACUAUUUCGAGUCGGGGAAGGUGAAGGCUACCACGCUGUCGCUGUCGGUUCUAGUGGCCAUCGAGAUGUUCAACUCGCUCAAUGCACUCUCGGAGGAUGUGAGUCUAACGAGGAUGCCGCCGUGGGUGAACCCGUGGCUCCUGGUGGCGAUGACCCUGUCGUUCUCACUGCAUUUUCUCAUCCUCUAUGUGCCGUUCCUCGCUAACGUGUUUGGGAUUGUGCCGCUGAGCUUCAACGAGUGGCUGUUGGUGCUCGUGACGUCGCUGCCGGUCAUCUUGAUAGACGAGGUGCUCAAGAAGAUCGGGAGAGAGAUGCACAAGGCGCCGACUCAAAGGAAAGUCAAGGAGGAUUAGCACACCCUGCUAUGAGAACUUUUAGGUGAUCUCUUGUGCAAGGUGUGGUUUCUUACGAUUUUUUGUUUGAUAUAUCCAUAAUAAUAUGUACGAUAGUGGUCAUGGAAUUAACAGGAAUUGCCCCCUAACUUUAAUU